CAGAGGGCAGUACAGUGUGAACCGGAAAGAACAAUAGGAAAUUAACCAAAUUGAAAAAAAAAGAAAUGCCAGCACAAAGAAAAAGAAAAGCAGAAGCUACAACACCAGUUGAUGAAAACUGUCCAACAGUAGCUAUGUUUAGACAAUAUCAGUUAGAACUGGACACCAAACAUGAUAAACAUGAAAGAUUGGUUAAACUAAGCAGAGAUGUCACAAUAGAAAGUAAACGAACCAUUUUCUUGCUACAAAGACUUACUGGGUCCUCACCAGACAUCAAAAUACUAGAAGAAGCUUGGGAGAAAUUAAAGGCAAUAGAGAACAUAAAACUUUUGUCAAUAGCAAAGGAGCUAGACCAAGAAGAUCCAUACAAGUUUCUGAGAGCUUAUUCACCAGGAUUACAAGAAUACAUUGAAGCAGUUUCAUUCUAUCAUUAUCUAAAGAACAAAAAACUAGUUACUUUAGAAGAAGUACAAAAAGACCUCACUUUCAUUACUACUUGUUCAUCUGUGGAUGGAAUAGAUAAUGGACUUUCACAACUCACUACACAAAAAAUUGAAAAGACUGAAACUCUGGACACACAGUGUAAAGUUAUUUGUAGUGAAUCUGAAAUGGAUACAGAAUCAAGAGAAGUACAAGUACAUGUACCACCAACAGAGUAUAUAUUAGGGCUAGCUGAUUUGACAGGAGAGUUAAUGAGACUUGCUGUGGGAAGUGUAGGGAAGGGGGAUUUAGAUACACCUUUUCAAGUUCGUGACUUUUUACAAUUGAUGCAGUCUGGCUUUGUGUCAUUUGGAAACUGUGGACGUGAAAUUGGAAGGAAACUGCACACAUUAAGACAGAGUCUUCAGAAAGUAGAAACAGCAUGCUAUACAUUACAAGUACGAGGAUCAGAAAUACCAAAACAUAUGUUAGUAGAUGUACUUAGUUCAGGAACAUCAGAUUAUGGCUCAAAUUUUGACAAUGAUAUGGCAGCUAAUGAUGAUUAAACACAUUUUUAGCUCACCUGGCCAAAGGGGCAAGUGAGCUUUUCUCAUCACUUGGUGUCCGUCGUCCAUCGUCGUCCGUCGUCGUCAUUGUUAACUUUUUACAUUUUGAACUUCUUCUAAAGAACCACUGAAUGGAAUGAAACCAAACAUGGCAUGAAUGUUCCUUUUGAAGUGCUGACCAAGUGUUGUUACUUUGUAGCUGAUCAAUCAUUCAAGAUGGCCGCCAGCGGGGGACUUCAUUUAACAUAGGACCCGAUGGAUAAUACAUACAAAUGUCUUCUUUUAGAGAACCACUGAAUGGAAUGAAACCAAACAUGGCAUGAAUGUUCCUUAUGAGGUGCUGACUAAGUGUUGUUACUUUAAAGCCGAUCCAUCAUCCAAGACGGCUGCCAGCAGGGGAUUUCGUUUAAUAUAGGACCCUAUGGACAAUACAUACAAAUGUCUUCUUUUAGAGAACAACUGAAUGGAAUGAAACCAAACAUGGCAUGAAUGUACCUUAUGAGGUGCUGACCAAGUGUUGUUACUUUGAAGCCGAUCUAUCAUCCAAGAUGGCCGCCAGAGGGGGACUUAGUUUAACAUAGGACCCUACAGGAAAUACAUACAAAUGUCUUCUUUUAGAGAACCACUAAAUGGAAUGAAAUAAAACAUGGCAUGGAUGUUUUUUAUGAGGUGCUGACCAAGUGUUGUAACUUUGUAGGCGAUCAAUCAUCCAAGAUGGCCGGCAGAGAGGUACUUAGUUUAACGUAGGACCCUAAGGGAAAUACAUACAAAUGUCUUCUUUUAGAGAACCACUGAAUGGAAUAAAACCAAACAUGGCAUGAAUGUUCCUUAUGAGGUGCUGACCAAGUGUUGUUACUUUGAAGCCGAUCCAUUAUCCAAGAUGGCCACCAGAGAGGGACUUAGUUUAACAUAGGACCCUAUGGGAAAUACAUACAAAUGUUUUCUCUUAGAGAACCGCAGAAUGGAAUGAAAUAAAACAUAGCAUGAAUGUUCCUUAUGAGGUGCUGACCAAGUGUUGUAACUUUGUAGGCGAUCAAUCAUCCAAGAUGGCCGCCAGCGGGGACUUAGUUUAACAUAGGACCCUAUGGCAAAUACAUACAAAUGUUUUCUUUUAGAGAACCACUGAAUAAAAUGAAAGCAAACAUGGCAUGAAUGUUCCUAAUGAGGUGCUGGCCAAGUGUUGUUACUUUGUAGCAAAUCCAUCAACCAAGAUAGCUGCCAACAGGGGACUUAGUUUAACAAAGGACCCUAUGGGAAAUAUAUACAAAUGUCUUCUUCUAGAAAACCGCUUUAUGGAUUGAAAUCAAACAUGGUAUGAAUGUUUCUUUUGAGGUGCUGACCAAGUGUUGUUAUUUUGUAGCUGAUAUGUCAUUGUCCUUAUAAAGUCAUUUUUACAAUUCCAAUGAAUUUAUUGGUAAUUUCUGUAAACUUUACAAAAGUCUUCUGCUUUUGAUUAAAUUACAGGGCCAAUAUUAAACCAAAUUUAGCUUCAAUCAUUAUUAGGGUAUCUGUUAUGAUUUUAAUCUAUUUUUACAUGAUUUCCAAAACCAAUGUAGAAUCAGGUGAGCAACACAGGCUCUUGGGAGCCUCUAGUUUUUUUACAUGUGACUCAGUAAAACAUUAAAAUAAAUCAUUAAAAUACA